ACUUGCAUAUAACGAAUGGAAACUAACACCCGUAAAAUAUGGGUGCAUUUGAAUUCGCGACAUCAAAGCGGUAUCUAUGCGGCAGUUUUCGACCGGCGAACCGAUGACUGCCACGUACAGGCGACAGUUGUUGUGAUUCGGUCGGCGGAGAAACUACUGUGGCUCGGACAUCCUCUUUACGCCCUCGCAAAGAUGGUGUCUGUCAUCAGCAAUGUUGAGACAGGCCAUGAUGACAUGAUUCACGAUGCUCAGAUGGACUUCUAUGGGACCCGGCUUGCAACCUGCUCCUCAGACAGGUCCAUUAAGAUCUUUGAGGUCAAGGGCUCCACACAGACCCAGAUUGCUGAUCUCCGAGAGCAUGAGGGACCAGUAUGGCAAGUUGCCUGGGCCCACCCAAUGUAUGGUAACAUCCUAGCAUCCUGCAGCUAUGACAGAAAAGUUAUUGUUUGGCGAGAGGAUGGUCACAAAUGGAAAAAGAUAUACGAGUAUGCCAACCAUGACUCUUCAGUUAACAGCGUGUGCUGGGCUCCCCAUGAGCACGGACUGAUCCUUGCCUGCGCGUCCUCUGAUGGCUCUGUGUCCAUCUUAACAUACACAUCCGCACACACUUGGGAGAACAAGAAAAUCACCAACGCACACUCUAUUGGUUGCAAUGCAGUGAGCUGGGCGCCAGCUGUGGCUUCAGGCUCAGCUGACGGCUCCAACAGAACAGCCUCGGCAGUGCAGCGUAUUGUGACAGGUGGCUGCGAUACCUACGUCAAAAUUUGGCGAUUUGACAGCAGCACGGGAGAAUGGGCUGAAGAGAGUAAGCUUGAGGGUCAUUCAGACUGGGUGCGUGAUGUGGCUUGGGCUCCCUCCAUUGGCUUGCCACGGUCCAUAAUUGCCUCAUGUUCUCAGGACCGCCGAGUGAUCAUCUGGAUGAAUGACGGGGUCACGGGCACUUGGCAGCCGCGUGAGCUCAACACGUUUGACGAUGUCAUCUGGCAUGUGAGCUGGUCUGUCACAGGCAACAUCUUGGCGGUGUCGGGUGGGGACAACAAGGUGAGCCUGUGGAAGGAGACGCUCGAGGGCCAGUGGGUAUGCCUCAGCGACUCGGCCAAGGGCCACUCGGGAACGGAACGCACACUCUAACAAAAGUUAAAACAAGAGAACAAGAGGAAAUGGAAUGAGAUGCGCUCCCUCCUUGCUUUGGGUGCUGGCUAGGGAGAUCCAUCUUAAUGGGCCGGUCAAGAUAUUACAGAGCCGGUUAAAGACCAGAAACCAGUGUUAUGUUUAUGCAUUUAGAUUAGGUUGGGAAUCAUUUGUUACAUGUCUGUUUAUACUUAAAAUUGUUUGUUUGUUUUAUAAACUUUUUUCACAAAAUGAGUAAAUUCAUGUCAGGUACUAAUGAAAGAAAAUUUCCAAGAUUCCUUUCUCGCAUGCUUCCUCAAACGGAAAGUCACAGAAAUCACAGUCAACCUUCAAUGCAGUGUCAUUAGAGCAUUGUUUUGUGGUCUCUGUAAAGAAUUCUAGUGAUAAUAUUUUAUUAUAACUCGCCAUAGUUAUAUAUAUAAGGGAAAUAAAAAGUUUUGGAUUCUAAAUGUUUUAUCAACUCCUGUCUAUGAAAGCAAAAUUCAGAUGUGAUUUUGAAUCUAAAAGCAAGUUGGAUAUUAAAGAAAAUCAGAGAAUUCAUUUUUGCAUUCUGGUAAUGUAUUUAAGAAAUCAAUAUGUUAUCACUGUGUUAGCAUUUCAAAUAAGUUGUUCAGUGUAGAAUUUAUAAUUGUAAAUUAAUCUGUACUUGUAUACCUGAUUUGAGGUUGUAUCCUAGAAAUUUUGUACAAAAUAAAUUAAAAUGUAUAUGCUGAAA